AUGGAACGUCUUUCUGAUUCGGGCAUCUCGAUCCUGGUUGUCGGCGCCGGAAUCGCUGGCCUGGCUUUCGCCAUCGAAGCUCAUCGCCAGCGACAUAGCGUCAAGGUUCUGGAAAGAUCUUCCGGACUACACACACCCUCGAAAUGGCCCGGGCUCAUAGACAGGUUGAACAAAAGCGCCAUCUCAGCCGAGUUCCAAUUCUUCAAAUUCAGUGGCGAGAAGUUGUUCGGAACCAAGCUCGGAUCCCCGACUCUGCCCACGAUUUCCGUCAGCCGAAGAGACUUCUACCUACUUCUCCUCAACUACGCCACCGAACUCGGCUACCAAAUUGAGACGGGCCAAGAGGUCCAGGAUUUCUUCGAGACCAAGGACCUCGGCGGCGUAAUCCUCACCGACGGGAGCAAGCUGACUGCCGACAUCGUCGUGGCAGCAGACGGCGUCGGUUCCAAAGCCCUGAAUAGCCCUGCUAUCGCAGAGUUCUUCAAAGAUAAACGGGAAUGGACUUCCCUCCACGUCGUUCCAGGCGCGCACUUCUUCACUGGGCUCUCGCCGACGGAGUUCUGCUGGGGCCUGACGCACAGAGACGAUGAUUCCGCCGUCGAAGACUGGAAUCGUGUCGGAUGGGCGCCUAUCGUACACGAGGUCAUCGAGUCGACGCCAAACAACCAGGUCACCGACUGGAAGCUGCGGUUCCGUGAUCCCCAGCUAAAGUGGGUGUCGGAUGGAGGGCGAGUGGUGCAAUGCGGCGAUUCUGCGCACUCGUUUCUGCCUUCUUCUGGGUUCGGUGCUACCACUGCACUUGAAGAUGCCUUUUCUCUUGCUGCCUGUCUCAGAAUGAGCGGCAAGGAGUCUGCUGCAUUGGGCACCAAAGUACACAACAAGCUCCGCUUCGAGAGAACCGCUUGCGCCCAGAAAAUCGGCUUCAAAUCCCGAGAGGUUUUCCACCACACCAACUGGGACGAAGCUGCCAAGAAUCCCCGCAGUAUCGCCAAGUUUACAGGAUCGUGGCUGCUGAAGCAUGAUCCUGAGCAAUAUGCUUAUGACAACUACGAGGCUUGCGCGGAAUCUCUGCUUCAAGGGAAGGAGUUCAAGAAUACGAACGCGGUCCCUGGGUUCCCAUUCAAUCUUUGGACGGUCCAGGAGCUGCUAGACAAGUCUGAUCAGGGCGAGUCGGUUGACGAUGACGAAGGAGACUGGUACACUUGA